AUGUCCGAAGUUGAAGGCUACACCACUAGAAGUAAAGGGAAAGUGUUCCCAGCCAUGGGCGAUUCCUUCUUCUCUGAUAAUGACUCAGCUCCUACUGAUGAUAACAUAUCGGAUAACGAUUUUGUGGCAGUUGAUGGUGAUGAGGAUUAUGGAUACGCCGAACCAUCUGUAUCAGCUCCACAAUCAACUGUAAGGAAAACAAAAAAGAACUCAAGAAGAUCCAAGAAUACCUCAAAUGAAGAAACAGCGAAUAAGUUAGCAGCCAAAGAUCAAAGUUUCCUGCAUUCGGGAAAUAGUGAUAUACCUGCUGACUUUGUUCCAGAUACAGUGUCAGGUAUGUUCAGAUCACACGAUUUCAGUUACCUUAAGUUGAGACCAGAUCAUGCUUCAAGACCCAUUUGGAUAUCUCCAAGUGACGGUAGAAUCAUCUUGGAAAGUUUCUCCCCGUUAGCAGAACAAGCACAAGAUUUUUUAGUUACUAUUGCAGAGCCUAUAAGUAGACCAUCCCAUAUUCACGAAUAUAAAAUUACUGCUUAUUCUCUAUAUGCAGCGGUCUCUGUUGGUUUAGAAACAGAUGAUAUAUUAUCGGUCUUGGACAGAUUAUCAAAAGUUCCAGUUGCACAGUCGAUUAUUGACUUUAUUGAAGGAGCUACAAUUUCAUAUGGUAAAGUCAAAUUGGUCAUUAAGCAUAAUAGAUAUUUUGUGGAAACAACCCAGGCCGAAAUCUUACAGAUGUUAUUGAAAGAUCCAAUAAUUGGACCUCUAAGGAUAGAUAGUGAUCAACAAUCAAAGACACCGAAGGAACCAAUACAGUCGUAUGACAAGCUACCGGAGAAUAUAAACCCAAAUGACGUAGAGGCAAUAUUUAGUGCUGUCGUUGGUGGAGACAAUGAGAGAGACGAAGAUGAUGAAGAUUUAGAUGCAGUUCAUUCUUUUGAAAUCGGUAAUAAUUCAGUGGAAAUAGUUAAGAAGAGAUGUCAAGAAAUUGACUAUCCCGUUUUAGAAGAGUAUGAUUUCAGAAAUGAUCAUCGUAAUCCAGACUUAGACAUUGACUUAAAGCCUUCAACUCAAAUUAGACCAUACCAAGAAAAAUCCUUAAGUAAAAUGUUUGGUAAUGGGCGUGCUAGAAGUGGGAUUAUUGUUCUACCGUGUGGUGCUGGUAAGACUUUAGUUGGUAUCACCGCAGCAUGUACCAUUAAAAAAUCAGUCAUCGUGCUUUGUACGUCAUCAGUGUCUGUCAUGCAAUGGAGACAACAAUUUUUACAAUGGUGUACUUUACAACCUGAGAGCUGUGCUGUCUUUACAUCAGAUAAUAAAGAAAUGUUUCAAACUGAAUCUGGUUUGGUUGUUUCAACAUAUUCAAUGGUGGCUAAUACUAGAAACAGAUCUCAUGAUUCUCAAAAAGUUAUGGAUUUCCUUACUGGUAGAGAAUGGGGGUUUAUUAUCCUAGAUGAGGUCCAUGUUGUUCCAGCAGCUAUGUUCCGUAGAGUGGUUUCUGCAAUUGCAGCACAUGCUAAACUAGGGUUAACAGCUACCUUGGUGAGAGAAGAUGAUAAGAUUAGUGAUUUAAAUUUCUUAAUUGGUCCAAAAUUGUAUGAAGCCAAUUGGAUGGAACUUUCACAAAAGGGACAUAUUGCUAACGUUCAAUGUGCUGAAGUGUGGUGUCCAAUGACUGCUGAAUUUUAUCAAGAAUAUCUUAGAGAAAGUGCAAGGAAAAGAAUGUUACUUUACAUUAUGAAUCCAACCAAAUUCCAAGCAUGUCAAUUCUUGAUUCAAUACCAUGAAAGAAGAGGUGACAAGAUCAUUGUAUUUUCAGAUAAUGUUUAUGCGUUGCAAGAAUAUGCUUUGAAAUUGGGUAAACCUUUCAUUUAUGGGUCUACACCUCAACAAGAACGUAUGAAUAUUCUUCAAAAUUUCCAAUAUAAUGAUCAAAUUAAUACCAUAUUCUUGUCAAAGGUUGGGGAUACAUCCAUUGAUUUACCAGAGGCAACUUGUUUAAUUCAAAUUUCAUCGCAUUAUGGUUCUCGUCGUCAAGAAGCACAAAGACUGGGGAGAAUUCUUAGAGCCAAGAGGCGUAAUGAUGAAGGUUUUAAUGCAUUCUUUUAUUCAUUGGUCUCUAAGGACACUCAAGAGAUGUAUUAUUCUACUAAGAGACAAGCGUUCUUGGUGGAUCAAGGGUAUGCAUUCAAAGUUAUUACACAUUUGCAUGGAAUGGAAACCUUACCAAACUUAGCUUAUGCAUCAGCAAGAGAACGUAGAGAACUUCUUCAAGAGGUUCUGUUGAAGAAUGAAGAGGCAGCUGGUUUGGAAGUUGGAGAUGAUGCAGAUAAUACAAUAGGUCGUGGUGGUAACGCAUUUAAAAGAGCUAAGGCUGUUAGAGGUCAAGGGUCAUUGGCAGGUCUUGCUGGUGGUGAGGAUAUGGCAUACAUGGAAUAUAGUACAAACAAGAAUAAAGAUUUGAAAGAACAUCACCCAUUGAUUAGGAAAAUGUACUACAAAAACUUGAAAAAAUAG